UGUCUUUCUUACUCAGAGUAUGGGCCUCUGUGAAAGAACAUGGCCAUAAAUACAUCUCAUACUUGUAUGUCAAAAAACACAGAUUUUGUUUAGAUGUAAAAUAUUUUUAUAUAAUCAAAGUAGUGGUUUAGUUUUUUUAUUUAAUCAAUAUCAAUAUUUAACCUAUAAAAACCAAUAGGGGCUCUACAUUUUACUUGAUAUGGAUAGUGUCUAUUUUCGAUCAGUGAUUACCAAAGUGUUUUAUAUAUCUUACUAUUAAAAAAAGACUACUAUUAAAGAGAGGUACUUCUUACCUCUCUGUCAAGUCAUUGCAGAUAACCAUUUGAUAGCGCUGACUGACUAUAUGUCUGUGUAACUGACACUUCAGUUUAUAGAUUCAUUCUAGGCAGGAGAACAGCUCAAUUACAUUCAAGUUACAUGAGUGAAUAUGGAGUUUAAAGAGAUAACAACAAAACAAGGCAGACUGAAGGGUGUGGUUAAAAAAAUCAGCUGGACUUGUCAAGACAACUUAUUAUUCUUUUCAAGGCAUUCCUUAUGCAAAGCCGCCAGUUGGCCAGUUGAGAUUCAAGACAGCUGAACCUUAUGGUCAGUGGGAAGGAGUUCGAGAAGCUUCAAAAGAAGGAAAUGACCCUAUUCAAAGACACUUGUUGUUUGGAUAUCAAACUGGUGAUGAAGACUGUCUUUAUCUCAAUGUCUAUACAACUCAGCCAGAAGAAGGAGCUAAGAAGGCUGUGAUGGUGUGGAUACAUGGUGGAGGCUUCGUUAGUGGUUCUGGUUCAUGUGAACUCUACGGACCUGACUUCUUGAUUGAGAAGGACAUUGUACUUGUGACCAUCAACUAUCGCUGUGGAGUGUUAGGAUUUUUAUCUCUUGAAAGUGACAAACUGCCUGGGAAUUUGGGACUCAAAGACCAAGUACUUGCACUGCAAUGGGUGCAAGACAACAUUCACAGUUUUGGUGGAGAUCCCAAAAAUGUAACAAUAUUUGGGGAGAGUGCUGGUGCGGCUUCUGUACAAUACCACCUGCUGUCUCCGCUAUCUAGAGGAUUGUUUCACAAAGCCAUUCUGCAAAGUGGAACAGCUCUGGCUCAAUGUGCCUUGCAAGAUAAACCCAGAGAGAAAGCUUUCCUGCUGGCCAGAGCACUGGGAUGUUUUUCCCAGGACCCUGACACUGUCCUGGAAUUUCUCAUGACUCUCCCUGCCUCUGAUCUCAUGAAUGUUCAAAAACAUGAAUCUUUCUGUUCAAAAAAGGAAAAAAUCCAAAAUCUUUCAUGUGUCUUUGCACCAUGCAUAGAGAUUGCUGGAGACACUCCAUUUCUACCAGACUACCCUCGAAAGAUCUUGGAGAGAGGGAAGUUCUCCAAGGUGCCAAUCAUCAUCGGCCUCACAGACAAAGAAGGGUUGUUUCUUUAUUCAAUACCACAUAUAAAAUGGGAAGAAAUGAUCAAUUCCAACCCAACCGUUGUGGUGCCUGGAAAUUUGGAUAUCGCAGCUGGAAGUGAGGAGGAGGACAAGUUAAGCAAGGAGAUUCUGCAUUUUUACUCCAGUCGAGGGACUCUGACUUGGGAUAUCACACCAGACUGUAUUGAUGUAAGUUGUACAGAUGCUUUUUCCGAGGCUAUAGACAAGAUAUUUCUAGGGGACAUUCUUAUUACCAUUGAACUUGAGAGUUCCCGGCAAUAUUUUUUGGACAAUGAGGUUCCAGUCUACACUUAUUUGUUCUCCUAUACCAGUCCUCGAUCUCUGUCAUCUUCAUUGCUACCACAAACAGUACCUGACAAGGCUGCACAGUUGAUUUGUACUGGUGCAAGCCAUGCUGAUGAACUAGGGUUUCUCUUCAAGUCUAACAUGUCUCACAUACCUUUCACUCCACCAACUGCUGAGGAUGAAGCACUCAUGACGAAUCUGCUGCAGGCAUGGACGACAUUUGCAAAAACUGGUAACCCCAACAGUGAAGAACCUGAAAUAAUUUGGCAAGAGGACAGUGUGCAAAAUCCCUGUUACAUGGACAUUGGGCACGACUGGAAGAUGGUUAAUGGCAGUUUGUUUCCAAAACGGGUGGAAUUUUGGAAGAAAAUCUAUAAGAAGUAUUCUUACUUGUACUAAAAACAAGAUUGCUAUUGAGAAGUGAAGCACUUGCAUGUGCGUAAUAAGUAAUGUGGAUUAUUUUGAAUGUGACAACAUUAAUGUAGACGAAUAAAUACAUUUUAUUUUCAUAAAUUAAAAA